CUCACGUUUUGCAUUGGAUCUCUGAAAAUUAUGGGCACCGGAUGGAGAAGAGCCUUUUGCACUCGCGACCCACAAUCCACAAUACAUAACCAACACAGAAGCCAAAGUCCCCCUCCAACCUGUGUCAGUCUGGGUUUUCUUUCCAGCACUAGCAACCCUUCGACACCACCACUGCACCAUCAACAAUCAGCAACCGCAAAUGACAACCCCAGAUUUCAAAGCAAAAGCACUCCAAACUCAAAUCCAACCUCUCCUCGCUCCCCUAAUCUCAAACUCUCUCUCUUCAAGAAUAGCUUCAAAUUCAGAAGUAGUUGCGGAAUAUGUUUGAAUAGCGUGAAGACAGGACAGGGCACCGCCAUUUACACUGCAGAAUGCGCUCACGCUUUUCAUUUUCCCUGCAUCGCUUCCCAUGUACACACCCACGGUAUCCUCGUUUGCCCUAUCUGCAACGCUACCUGGAACGACGUACCACUCCUCCAACAAAACGACGACGUCGUCGUUAACACCAUCCAAACUCAAAUCAACCACCAACAACAGCCGAGCCAUUCAGAUUCGGUCAGGUCCUACGACGACGACGAGCCUCUCCUUUCUCCUUUCACAGUCUCUGGCCAAAUCGUUCCCAUUCCGGAAGCAGACGAAAACGGCGAAGAAGAAGACGAAAACGACGACGCAGGCGAGUUCCAGGGCUUUUUCGUCAAUCCAAAACCUCCAUCAUCGUUACAAAUAAACGACGGUGAUUCAAGGAGCGUUCGGGUGAAGUUGAUGCCAGAGUGUGCUGUUAUAUCAGUCUCUCGGAGCCACGAGACUUAUGCUUUGGUUUUAAGAGUGAAGGCUCCGCCGCCAUCGCCGAUGUCGCAGCGGGCGCCGAUGGAUCUCGUGACGGUGCUUGACAAUGGAGGCAACAUGACCGGCGCGAAGCUUCACAUGUUGAAGAGCGCGAUGCGCUUGGUUAUCUCCUCUCUCGGCUCGGCUGAUCGGCUCGCCAUUGUGGCUUUCUCGGCUACAUCCAAACGGCUGCUACCUUUGCGGCGAAUGACGGCUCAGGGCCAGCGUGUGGCUCGGCGCGUUGUCGACCGCAUCGUCUCUGGCCAUGGAAACAGCGAGGGUGAAAGUGAAGCUCUGAGGAAAGCCACGAAGGUUCUCGAAGACCGGAGGGAGAGAAACCCGGUCGCUAACGUCAUGAUCCUAUCAGACGGUCACGAUGGGAAGGUGCAAACCGGUAACAACACCAUUCAACGGAAAUGCCUCAGCCACGUGUCUUCUACCCGGUUCGCAACUAUUGAUAUUCCGGUUCAUUCGUUUGGGUUCGAGAUCCCGGUUCAUUCGUCUGGAAUAUUAAGUGCGGUUGUGCAGGACUUGAAAAUUCAGUUUGGCUUUUCGGCGCCGGCUGAAAUCAGCGCUGUCUACACGUGCGGCCCAAGGCCCACGGCGCUGAGCACGUGCACGGCUGGGCUCGGCGAUUUGUACGCUGAGGAAGAGAGGGAGUUGUUGGUGGAGUUCAAAGUGCCCACGUCAGCAUUGGGGAGCCACCACGUGAUGACGGUGCGGUGCCUAUAUAACGAUCCUGCGAGUAAUGAGGUAGUGUACGGUAGGAAACAUGCGCUUCCGGUGUCGCCGCCGCGGAAGAGUGCGGCGCAUUCUGUUGGCAGAGUCGAGAGGCUGAGAAACGUGUUCAUAACGAGCCGAGCCAUAGCUGAGUCUCGGAGACUCGCGGUGCACAGCGAGUUUUCAAGUGCUCAUCAUUUGCUUGCUUCGGCUAGAGAUGUUCUGGUGCGGUCUAGCUCGGCUUCGGCUCAGGAAUAUUUGCGCGGCUUAGAAGCUGAGCUUAUGGAGCUACAUUGGCGGAAGCAGCAACAACAAACGAUUUUGAUGCAACGGAGGAGAGGGAGGGAGUUGAGUUUGGUGGAUGAGAAUGGUGAAGCGCUGACGCCGACGUCGGCUUGGAGAGCAGCUGAGAAGCUGGCUAAGAUAGCCAUGAUGAAGAAGUCGAUGAAUAAAGUCAGCGAUUUGCACGGCUUCGAAAACGCUAGGUUUUAA